UUUGCGGUCAUGCCUGAAGCCAUAAUGCCUCCCCACAAGCGGGUGCUCGGCGACGCGGUCAAUAAUACCGGCCUCACAAAAUCCCCUAGUGUGCUCAAGAAACGCAAGCUCGACAAUGAGGCCUCAGUAUCAUUUGCGCCAUCAUCGCAGACUGCUCGACGAAAGAUCGGCUCAACCCAACCACAAAAAAGUCAAUUCGAGGAGGAAGUGCUGGAAAAGCUAACCCAGGAUAUUGGUGAUUUGAAAGGGAACAACUCGGAGAAGGAUCAACAAUGGGAGCGUCCUCCAGUUGUAGGCUUUGAUGAAACAAAAGACAACCUUUGUUUCCAGCAGAUCGACGCGGAAGAAGCGAUGUUGUUGGGAAAGCCUGCCAUUCGGCUGUUCGGCGUCACUGAGGCUGGACAAUCUGUUUGUCUCCAUGUAACCGGCUUCGAGCAUUACCUUUACAUCGCCGCCCCCGUUAAUUUCACGAAAGCGGAUUGCGAACCUUACAAACAUUUCCUCGAGCAAAAACUAGGCCAAAGCUUCACUGCAAUUUCGUCUGUGCAGCUCACAAUGCGCGAGAAUAUUUACGGAUUCCAAGGAAACCAAAAGAGCUACUACAUCAAGAUUACCGUCACUGAGCCCAAACUAGCUGCUCGAUUGCGAAGUGCGCUAGAGAGUGGCAGUGGCAGCAUGAAUUACAAGGGCAUGUGGAGUGGUGCAGAUGGUAUCCUAACAUUUGACAAUAUCCAAUACCUUUUGCGUUUUAUGAUUGACACCGGGUUGGCUGGUAUGGCCUGGGUCGAGGCUCUGGCUGGCAAAUAUCGCCUUGUUACCCAGCAAUUAUCGAAUUGUCAACUCGAAGCCGCUGUUGAUUAUCGUGAUAUGAUCGCUCAUCCACCCAACGGUGAGUGGGCGAAAAUGGCACCUCUGCGCGUUCUCUCUUUCGAUAUUGAGUGUGCCGGCCGGAAGGGUAUCUUCCCGGAACCGAACAUGGACCCCGUUAUUCAAAUCGCCAACGUUGUUACUCGAUACGGAGAGUCGAAACCAUUUAUCAGAAAUGUCUUUGUUCUUGAUACCUGUAGUCUGAUUGUCAAUACUCAAAUUUUGGAAUUCCAAAAGGAAGAGAAGAUGCUCGACGCCUGGCGUGAUUUUGUGGAAAAGGUGGACCCCGAUGUAAUCAUCGGAUACAACAUUGCCAACUUCGAUUUCCCCUAUCUGCUUGACCGCGCCAAGCAUUUGAAGUGCCUUAAUUUCCCAUAUUGGACUCGGUUGAAGGGUUGCAGGACCGAGGCCAAGGAUGCGAACUUUUCGAGUAAGCAGAUGGGAAAUCGUGACACAAAGGCAACCAAUACGAAUGGUAGAAUUCAACUUGAUCUUCUUCAGUUGGUUCAAAGGGAUCACCAACUGAGAAGUUAUACGCUUAACUCCGUGUCAUACGAGUUUUUGAAAGAGCAAAAGGAAGAUGUCCACCACACGAUGAUUACUGAACUUUUCAACGGCACCCCUGAUUCAAGACGACGACUGGCAGUGUAUUGUUUGAAGGAUGCAUAUCUACCACAGCGAUUGAUGGACAAGCUAAUGUGUCUCGUCAACUAUACUGAGAUGGCAAGGGUCACGGGUGUGCCUUUCAAUUUCCUUCUGUCUCGAGGACAGCAAGUCAAAUUCAUCAGUCAACUGUUCCGGAAAGCGUUGGAGCAGCAACUUGUCAUCCCUAACUCCAAGCCUCAGGAUGAGCAGGACUAUGAAGGUGCAACUGUCAUCGAGCCUGAGCGAGGAUACUAUGGCGUGCCCGUCGCAACCCUUGAUUUCGCAUCACUGUAUCCGUCUAUCAUUCAAGCACAUAACCUUUGUUACACGACCUUACUCAACAAGACCAGUGUUGAUAAGCUAGGCCUCAAGAAAGAUGAAGAUUACAUAGUGACGCCGAACGGAGACAUGUUCUGCACAACCAAAGUUCGCAAGGGACUUUUGUCCCAGAUUCUUGAAGAGUUGCUGUCAGCAAGAAAGCGCGCCAAGAAAGAGCUAGCCACGGAAACCGAUGGCUUCAAAAAGGCCGUGCUAAACGGUCGUCAGCUUGCCUUGAAGAUCAGCGCAAACAGUGUUUACGGUCUUACCGGAGCCACAGUCGGUAAAUUGCCUUGUCUUCCCAUUGCCAGUUCUACAACCGCCUAUGGUCGUCAGAUGAUUGAGAAGACGAAACAAGAGGUGGAAGCACGCUAUACAAUUGCCAAUGGCUAUUCCCACGAUGCACGUGUCAUCUACGGUGAUACCGAUUCAGUCAUGGUAAAAUUCGGUGUCACUGAGCUGGCAGAUGCGAUGAAGCUUGGACAGGAAGCAGCAGAGUACGUCUCUUCGAAAUUCAUCAAGCCGAUCAAGCUCGAGUUUGAGAAAGUGUACUUCCCCUAUCUUCUCAUCAACAAGAAGCGAUACGCUGGACUUUACUGGACAAAUCCCGAAAAGCAUGAUAAGAUGGAUACCAAGGGUAUCGAGACAGUCCGCCGUGACAACUGCUUAAUGGUUCAAAACGUCAUUGAAACUGUGUUGAACAAGAUCUUGAUUGAUCGUGAUCUUGAUGGUGCUCAGGAUUACGUUAAGGCGACUAUUUCCGAUCUUCUUCAGAACAAGAUUGAUAUGUCGAAACUAGUCAUCACCAAGGCAUUGUCGAAGCGCAAAGAAGACUAUGCAGGCAAGCAGGCUCACGUCGAACUUGCCGAACGCAUGCACAAACGUGACGCGGGUUCAGCACCAACACUUGGUGACCGUGUGGCAUAUGUCAUGAUCAAGGGUUCCAAUGACUCCAAGGGUUAUGAACGAGCAGAAGACCCCAUCUUUGUCCUGGAGAACAAUAUUCCCAUUGACACCAAAUACUACCUCGACAAUCAACUGGCGAACCCGCUCGGCCGUAUCUUCGAGCCCAUUUUGGGGGAGAAGAAGGCAGGCCAGCUGCUCACCGGAGAGCACACACGAUCUAUCUCCAAGGCUGCCUCGAGCCUGGGUGGUCUAAUGAAAUUCACCAAAAAGACUCAGACCUGCAUGGGAUGCAAGAAGCCACUGUCAAGCAAGGACGAGAUGGAUGGUGCAGUUUGCGCAAACUGUCGCCCCCGUCUGGGUGAACUUUACACAAAGACCUUGACCAAGGUUUCUGACCUGGAAGUCCGGUUUGGACGCCUCUGGACUCAGUGUCAACGGUGCCAAGGCAGUCUUCAUUGUGAGGUUAUCUGCUCGUCCCGUGACUGUCCGAUCUUUUACAUGCGCAUGAAAGCAAAGAAAGAUGUUGAAGAUUCACAGAAGGAUCUGUCUCGGUUUGAUUUUGAUGCUGGUGCUUGGUGA